AUGAAAUUUACUUCUCGGGCCAAUAAUUUUCUCAAGAGGAACAGGAAACAUCAGCAUGCAGAGAAUGAGGACGACGACAACGAUGAUCAAGGACAGCAGCAACACAAUGAUUUACGGCGUAUGGAAUCCACUUCAUCUUAUAUGCAACAGCGACGAAACAUCUAUGUCAACAUGAAACUACCCUCAUCCGAGUACGAUGAUCAAGGACAUCAAAUACAUCAUAAUUAUGCCAGCAAUCGAGUGCGCACUGCUAAGUACACUCCACUAUCAUUUGUGCCAAAGAAUCUGUUUGAGCAGUUUAGAAAUGUGGCAAAUUUGUUCUUUUUGUUCGUGGUUAUUUUGCAGUGUAUCCCACUGUUUGGCGUGACAGAGCCUGCUGUGUCUGCCAUGCCGCUUAUUGUUAUUCUCAUCAUCACAGCUCUCAAGGACGGUGUGGAAGAUUGGAAAAGAAAUCAGAGCGAUGACAAAGUCAAUAAUUCACAUGUACUCAAACUAUCGAAUUGGCGCAACGUCAAUGUGCCUGAAAUCCAUAGAGGAACAUGGUACUUUUUGCAUGUUGUAGCUGGGUUCUUUGCUGUGCUAUCAGGUACAGAGAACAAAUAUGCACGCACCUAUCGCCAAGCAAUGGUUCCAUCAGAGUCUUCGUCAUCUGCGUCAUUACCCAUCAGUGAUCAACCCAAUGUGAAAUCAUCAGAGGAUCGUCUACCAUUGACCGAAGCAGAACACAAUGAAUACCCAGCAUCACAACCUCCACCUCCACCACAACCACCACAACCACCUGCCAAGACGCUCAUGACAACUGUUAGAAAACGAUCAGAUACCAUUCGAUCAGGUGUCUCUGGUAUUUUCAGCAGAUCCAAUAAUAACAACACAGCCACGAAUCUACAAGUAGAGAAACGGCCUUAUCGUCCGGGUUCUAUUCCCCACUCAGUGCUCUACCGUGUAUCCACCAGAGAUUCCAGUGCAGCAGGAACAACAGCAGCCGCAGCAGCAGCAGCAGCAGCAGCAUCCUCCUCUCGUAUCAAUGAAGAAGACGAAUCCUUGGGCAGACGGUCUUCAUCCUUACAACCUUUACCCAGUCAUAAUGCCAAUCAAUCCUACAACUGUGCUGACGGUUUUCCUGGCGAUCCUCCUUCAGCAACAUGCCAGGUGAAAUGGGACCAUGUCAAAUGGAAAGAGCUUAAUGUCGGUGAUUAUGUCUUACUGGAGAACGACAAAGAUAUUCCAGCCGAUGUAGUCAUCCUAUCCACCUCAGAGACAGAUAAUGUGUGUUAUGUAGAGACUCAAAAUUUAGACGGUGAAACCAACUUGAAGCAACGUCAAGGAUUACCAGGCACAUCAGGCAUGCGUACAGAGCAUGACUGUGAGCGUGCUCGAUUCUACAUUGAAAGCGAGCCUCCUCACGUCAAUAUUUACCAAUACAAUGCAGUUUUGCGUUGGCAAAUCGAUGCAAAUGAAACUGACACGGUUCGAUCUGGUGUAUCGCAUGAGAAGGCAGACGCCGUUACUUACAACAAUAUCUUGCUCAGAGGCUGUGUCUUGCGAAACACCAAAUGGGCCAUUGGCAUUGUUGUGUAUACCGGUAACGAUACCAAGAUUAUGCUAAAUACAGGUCGUACACCCUCAAAACGAAGCAAAAUUGCCAAGGCUACCAACCCACAUGUCAUUGCCAAUUUCUGUCUUUUGGCUGUUAUUUGUAUUGUCAGUUCCAUCAUGGACAGUGUCCAGUUUCAUGGCAGCGGUUCCUCGCGUCAUUUUGACUAUGGCAUCGAAGGCUCUAAUGCGUCUUACUCUGGUUUCAUCACAUUCUGGGUUACACUCAUUUUGUACCAAAAUAUUGUGCCCAUCUCAUUGUAUAUUUCGGUCGAGAUUGUGAAAACAUUGGCAGCUUAUUUUAUUUUUGCAGAUCUCGACAUGUACCACGCCGAGACUGACACGGCCUGUAUCGCGAAAACCUGGAAUAUCUCGGACGAUUUGGGCCAAAUUGAAUACAUCUUUUCAGAUAAAACUGGUACGCUCACACAGAAUGUCAUGGAAUACAGAAAAUGUACCAUCAACGGUAUCGCCUAUGGUGUCGCAACAACAGAAGCUACCAUGGGCGCAUUGAAGAGACAGCAAAGCCAGCACAAUUUCAGACAGUCCAUGAUUGAUACCGAAGAGGAGGACAACAAUCAAGUGCACAUGAACGAUCUCAGUCAAAACAUUGGACCCGACACUACUGAAAUGGAGGAACUCAAAAGGACCAUGCUUGAGAAGCAAGCUGAGCUGUUCAAAAACCCUCACAUUGGCCCCAACCCCACCUUUAUCGAUCCCAAACUAUUUGAUGAUCUCAAAGACGAAUCCUCCAAACAGGCGACAGCGAUCACUCACUUUUACCAGACGUUGGCGCUCUGCCAUACAGUCAUUGCUGAGAGGCCUGACCAAGACAACCAAGACUACAUUGAAUACAAGGCACAAUCACCCGACGAAGCUGCUCUAGUCGCUACUGCCAGAGACAUGGGCUUUGCCUUCUUGCGUCGAGAUGGCAACAAGCUGUAUAUUCGAGUCAAGGGCGAGGAGAAAUCAUUCACACUGUUGAACGUAUUGGAGUUCAAUUCCACGAGAAAGAGAAUGAGUGUGAUUAUUAAGCCAUCUGACAGUGACCGUAUUGUGUUGCUCUGCAAAGGUGCUGAUUCAGUCAUCUACGAACGUCUGUGCACUGAGUUUGGCAAUCAACAUGAGCUGGAAAAGGAGCAGGCUGAUCUCAGAGACUCUACAAGUGCUGAUUUAGAGCAGUUUGCUAAUGAAGGUCUUCGUACACUGUGUCUUUCAUACCGCUUUAUUUCUAAUGAAGAAUACAAGCCUUGGAACAAGAAAUUUCAGGAGGCCGCUUCUAGUAUACAUAACCGUGAGGAGCGUGUGGAUGCUGUCUGCGAAGAAAUUGAACAGAAUAUGCUCUUAAUGGGUGGCACAGCCAUCGAAGAUAGAUUGCAGGAAGGUGUUCCAGAGACAAUUGCUGAAUUGGCUAAAUCCGGUAUCAAGCUCUGGGUGCUCACUGGUGACAAGACGGAGACGGCUAUCAACAUUGGUUUUGCCUGUAAUUUACUGACAACCGAUAUGGAAUUGCUUAUCCUGAAAGCAGGAAAUCGCAUUGACACCAACCAGCUGCUGGAUGACACACUCAGGAAGCUUGACAAGGAAGCCGACACCGAGCCAGAAGCUGCUUAUGGUAAUAGAAAGUACGCAUUGGUCAUCGAUGGUACCACGCUGAAAUACGGCCUUGAAAAUGCCACGCGUGACAAGGUGCUUGCACUUGGUAUGCGCUGUGCUAGUGUUAUCUGUUGUCGUGUCAGUCCUAAACAAAAGGCUCAGGUUGUUAAUCUAGUCAAGAAGGGCCUCAAGGUCAUGACCUUGGCUAUUGGUGAUGGUGCUAACGAUGUGUCCAUGAUUCAAGAAGCUAAUGUCGGCAUCGGUAUCUCUGGUGUGGAAGGCCGUCAAGCUGUCAUGGCUUCUGACUACGCUAUUGCACAGUUCCGUUACCUGAGAAAGCUGUUGCUCGUUCACGGUCGUUGGUCUUAUCUUCGUAUUGCCGAGAUGAUCAUGGGCUUCUUUUUCAAGAAUAUCGUAUGGACCUUUGUGCUGUUUUGGUAUCAAAUCUUCUGUCAGUUCAACGGCUCCAUGAUGUUUGACUACGCGUUGAUUACUCUGUAUAACCUUGUCUUUACCUCGCUGCCCAUCAUCUUCCUCGGUAUCUGGGACCAAGAUUUGAAUGCUAAACUAUCGCUCAAAUACCCGCAAUUGUACCGCAUGGGCCUCAGAAACGACAAGUUCAAGGCAUGGCGAUUCUGGUUGACCAGUUUUGACUCCAUCUUCCAGUCUGUGGUAUGCUUCUUUUUCCCCUACAUGUUGCUCGUAGCUGGUGGACAGGAUCCACACGGGUACGAUGCCAAUGGCCUCUAUGAGAUUGGCACAAUUGUAUCCAGUAUUGCCGUUUGUGUCGCCAACUUUUUUGUCGUGUCCUCAUUGUAUAGCUAUACUUGGCUUCAUGCAGUGAUUGUUAGCUUGUCCAUCUUAGUGUACUAUGCGUUUGUGGCAGUGUACUCUCAAUUCAACACAUUUAUCUUUGCUGGCCAUCUACGUCUGUUUGGCACUGGUUCCUACUGGCUCGUACUCAUUUUGACGUGUGUUGCCUGCCUCAUCCCGCGUAUCACUGCCAAACACUUUCUACAUCAAUACUACCCUUAUGAUAACGAUAUAAUUCGCGAAAUAGAAUUGGUUAUCCACAAGGACAGAAACCGUCGAAACAAUCAAGAUCAAGACGAUGAUCUGUUUGAUGUUGAUGAAGAAUUAGCCUCUCGCACCACACCUACUUCUUCCUAUCAAUAUAGCAAAGAUAAAGAAGCUCGCCCUCAAGAAACAACACAGCCCUAA